AUGCCGCAAAUCAACGUUAAGGUGGUGGCUGCCGAGGCUCUCUACAAAAGAGAUGUCUUCCGCCAGCCAGAUCCCUUUGCGGUGAUCACUGUAGAUGGGUCUCAGACGAAAACGACGAAAACGGCCAGAAAAACGCUAAACCCGUAUUGGAACGAAUCGUUCUUCUUAGAUGCAUCCGAGGACUCUAUUCUCGUCAUCCAGGUAUUUGACCAGAAGAAAUUCAAGAAGAAGGACCAGGGUUUCUUGGGUGUAGUGAACUUAAGAAUUGGUGAUGUGAUCGAUCUCUCCUUGCCUAAUGCCGAGGAGACCAUUACCAGAGACUUGAAGAAAUCCAAUGAGAAUUUGGCUGUCAGCGGGAAGGUUAUCAUUGUGCUCAGCCACAAUUCUGCCAACGCCAACGGAUCUGCUGCUACCGAGUCUAGACCCACUAACGGUACUCUGUCAUCGCAAGCUCCUGCUUUGGCUCCCCCUACCACGGGUGCUCCUCCUUCCGAGCCUGCUUCCAAUGGCGAUGCCUCUUCAAACAGACAAUAUUCGUCGUUCGAGGACCAAUUUGGUCGCUUGCCUCCAGGCUGGGAGAGAAGAACAGAUAACUUUGGCAGAACUUAUUAUGUCGACCACAACUCGCGCACCACUACUUGGCAACGUCCGACAUUAGAACAGUCUGAGUCUGAGCGUGGCCAGCAGAGAGAUGACUAUACUGAAGCCGAAAGAAGACAACACCGUGGCCGUACGUUGCCUGGCCAGACACCUCAAUCUCCAACCUUGGCUGCACAGAACUCUGCUUCCAGUGGGAACGUCACUGUCAACUCCACUGGUGCAAACACUCCUGUGAGUCCUGCAGCUGCUGUUUCCAUGGCCGCUACUGGUGCUACCACUAGGGGCUUGGGAGAAUUGCCAUCUGGCUGGGAACAACGAUUCACUAACGAGGGAAGAGCCUACUUCGUGGACCACAACACGAGAACCACCACAUGGGUUGAUCCAAGAAGACAACAAUAUAUCCGUACUUUCGGUCCAAAUACUACCAUCCAACAGCAGCCAGUUAGUCAGUUGGGUCCCUUGCCUUCUGGAUGGGAAAUGCGUUUGACCAACACGGCUAGAGUGUACUUUGUUGAUCACAACACCAAGACGACAACUUGGGAUGACCCAAGAUUGCCUUCUUCCUUGGACCAGAAUGUUCCUCAGUACAAGCGUGACUUUAGAAGAAAGGUCAUCUACUUCAGAUCUCAGCCAGCAUUGCGUAUUUUGCCAGGUCAAUGUCAUAUCAAGGUUAGAAGAGACCACAUCUUUGAGGACUCGUACCAGGAAAUCAUGAGACAGACUCCAGAUGAUUUGAAGAAGAGAUUGAUGAUCAAAUUCGACGGUGAGGAAGGUUUGGACUAUGGUGGAGUCUCAAGAGAAUUCUUCUUCCUUUUGUCCCACGAUAUGUUUAACCCAUUCUAUUGUCUUUUCGAAUACUCGAGUCAUGACAACUACACCUUGCAGAUCAACCCUAACUCCGGUAUCAAUCCUGAGCACUUGAACUACUUCAAGUUUAUCGGAAGAGUGGUUGGUUUGGGUGUUUUCCACAGAAGAUUCUUGGACGCUUUCUUUGUAGGUGCAUUGUACAAGAUGAUGUUGAGGAAGAAGGUUGUUUUGCAAGAUAUGGAGGGUGUGGAUGCAGAGUUUUACAGGUCUUUACAGUGGAUGGUUGACAACGACAUCACAGAUGUAUUGGAUCUCACAUUUAGUGCUGAGGAUGACAAAUUCGGAGAAAUUGUCGAAUUUGACUUGAAACCAAACGGAAGAAACAUUGAGGUGACCGAAGAGAACAAGCAUGAGUAUGUUGAGUUGAUUUGUGAGUGGAAGAUCUACAAGAGAAUCGAAGAGCAGUUCAAAGCCUUCAUUGAUGGUUUUAACGAAUUGAUUCCUCAAGAGUUAGUCAACGUCUUCGAUGAGAGAGAAUUAGAGUUGUUGAUCGGUGGAUUGGCAGAGAUUGAUGUUGACGACUGGAAGAAGCACACAGACUACAGAGGAUACCAGGAGAAUGACCAGGUAAUCCAGUGGUUCUGGAAAUGCAUCAAGGAAUGGGAUUCUGAGCAGAAGGCCAGAUUAUUGCAGUUCACAACCGGUACUUCGAGAAUUCCUGUCAACGGUUUCAAGGACUUGCAAGGUUCUGAUGGUCCAAGAAGGUUCACUAUCGAAAAGGCAGGAGAAUCGAACCAAUUGCCAAAGUCGCACACUUGUUUUAAUAGAGUGGACUUACCCCCUUACACUUCAUACGAGAGUUUGAAGCAAAAAUUAACAUUGGCUGUCGAGGAGACUGUUGGAUUCGGACAAGAGUAG